CAAUGUUGGUUGCUGGAGACCGGAGUGAGUAGACUCAUCCAUAGCUGUUGGCUUAAUCAUAUUUUGAAAUUGGAACUCAGGACUUUGAAGUAGAAAAGAGCUUAGCUUGAGACACUGAGAGAUAUCAGACAUGGUGGGGCUUGUUGGGAGACUGUGGAACUUACAAUAUAAGAGCAUAGUGAAAGAAGCAUCGGGAAAAACCCUUGCAGUGGCAAAGUUCUUCUGCGUCCUCCACAUCACCAACACCUACCUCUGCACCUUUGCCCUUGCCUACGGUCCCAACAUGGUCCCGACCUUCAAUCUAACUGGCGAUAUGUUCCUGGCAGAGCGGCUCUCCAUCAAAUUAGGCAAAGUGGGCCCCGAAGAUAUUGUCCUCUUACGCUCUCAAAAAUCUCCUCGAAAAGUCAUGGUGAAGCGCUUGUUGGGAUUGGAGUCUCAUUCUGUCACCUAUGUUGUCGACCCCAUGAAAAGUGAUAGAUGUGACACUAUUGUUCCAAAGGGACAUGUUUGGGUAGAGGGAGACAACAUCUAUAAUUCCAGAGAUUCAAGACAAUUUGGUCCUGUUCCCUAUGGCCUCCUUGAAGGCAAAGUAUUCUGUAAGAUAUGGCCUCCUAAAGAAUUUGGAUCAGUGAUGAAGAGCGGAAUGAAGGAUCCAGAUUUAUAAGGCUUUGUGGUGGAUGCUAUUUAGCUUUACGAUACUAAUAACAAGUUACCUUUGAUGUCUUUUCCUGGACUUAUG